CGCCUACGUAACGAAGCGACCACCGAAAACUGAAAACCCAAUAAAAAUAUAAUUUAAUAUUAUAAAAUUGUGAUUUAGUUAUAAGAAAUUAAUAGUUUUAUUGUUAAUCUAAUUAUAUUAUGUGCAAAGUGAUUUAACAAGAAUAUAAUGAACCAUUCAGAAUUUUACAUACAGGAGCCAGAAGAGCAGCCUGUAAUAAAGAAAACCCCACAAAUAAUAAUAGAAAAUAACACUGACAUAACCAUUUCAAAAUGUGAACACUCAAAUGAUAUAUCAUCGAGUGGGUCACCCAGUGCUCAAACAGUGCCUAUUAAAGCUCAGGUCUUACCACUAGUAUAUAUUAAAAACAAAUCUAAAUUUCCUACGAUAGGACAAAAUGUUUUAUUUGGUGGAAGAGGUAGACCAAUUGUGCUGCCAAAACAACCCAUCACCAUUGUACCGCAAGGAAGUAGACUUGCGGCAACUUAUGUUACUAUGGUAAAAUCUGAUAACAUCACAGGGGAAAAAACUAUAAUGCAAGGAUCUCAACCACAAAAAUUUGUACUUGCAGGACCAAUACCAAGAUUACCCAUUCCGACGGGGAAAAUAACACCUAUGCCUAAACUUAACAACAAUCCCUCAGUUACGGUAACAACCAGCACAUUACAACAUGGUAAAUUUUCCGUUUUGCCUGUUCCAACUCAGGACAACAGUUCUGGAAAUAAAGUGCCGAAAGUGUUUAACUUUCAAAUUUCCGAUGGGAAAAUUUAUUCGAAUGUUCCUCACUCAGUGCCGCAGAUUUCAAAAACCGAUGAUGUUAAUAAUAAGACCUAUGAGCUGUCUAUUGCUGAGGAAUCAGUAAGUGAGCUAAAUGAUAACAAAGUUAUUGAUAGCACUAAUCAAGCAGAUUCUUCAGGGAGAUCAAGUUUAAAGUUUUCACAUGGGAUAUCAAUUUUAAAGAAAAGUUUCAUAAUUGGACAAGAUAACAACCAAACUCCCAUUAAGCCGAUAACACCCUUAUCAAACAGUACUGAUAUCACAUUGAUAAAGGCAAAUGGGGAGGAAGAAAAGAUACAUGUGGCACCCAAUGUACCAAUAAAAAAAACUGAAAGAAGUAGAAGAAAGUCAAUGGUUUGUCUCCGGCAAGAAUUGGAUGAUAUGGAAAUCACUUUUCCCGAUUAUGAUAUUAAGCCGGAGGUUAAACUUGAGGAGGAGUUUAGGAAAGAUGAGGUGAAAUCAAACUGUGAGUCACCAAAGAAAGAAAUAGAAAAAGUGAAGGAAGAACCAGAACCAGAACCAGAUCUAGACCAGGAACCUAAAUGGGAAACAGUCGAAGAGUCAUCACCAGAACUGGGCCAAUUAGAGAUCGAUGUUAAGUCCGACCAUGAACCGCUGGAUCUAAAAUCCCUCCUGGACAUAAAACCAGAUCCUGACGCCUUAAAUUUACUCACUUGGGAUGAUAAUAUCGGGACUUUGCCUGGGAGCAAUUUAAAGUUUUUACUUAACGAAUUCGGGAUUAUCGAGUACCUUUCCGAUGAGGAGCAUCAAAAGCUGCUUAGCAAGAAGGAAAAGAAGAUUAAAGAAAAGGAGGAUAUGGAGAAAGAAGUUCAGUGCAAGGAGUGUGGUUGUUACGGAAUCAGGGUUGAUUUUAAUAGUUCUAAUUAUUGCAGUUACGAUUGCCAGGAGGCGGCUGAGAAGGAACAGGUCAAAAAGGAAACGGAAUUUCCGGUUGCUGGUAACAAAUGUUUAAAAAAGAAAUUUCCCAAGAGCAAAUCAGAAAACGAAAUUGAUGGAAGUGGAGAGGAAGACAACUCCAACGACGUAUCCCAGGAUAAAUUUGCUUACCCAUGGGCGUGUAAAAAGAAGGGAUUCUCUUGGUCCAAAUACUUGACGCACGUCAAUGCUAAAGCGGCCCCAGUAAAGUUAUUCAAAGAUCCAUUUCCUUAUACAAGAAAUGGAUUUAAAACUGGAAUGAAGCUGGAAGGAGUUGAUCCCCAACAUCCGUCUUAUUUUUGUGUUUUAACUGUUGCGGAUAUUAAUGGUUAUAGGAUUCGUUUGCACUUUGAUGGCUAUCCAGACAAUUACGACUUUUGGACUUAUGCGGAUAGCAUGAAUAUAUUCCCAAUGGGGUGGUGUGAAAAGUACGGCCAUGAACUCAGACCUCCACCUCCGUAUAAGGAGGAUAACUUUAAUUGGAUUCAAUAUUUGAAACAUACCAAGAGUACCGCAGCCCCUAAACAUUUGUUUGUCAAUAGAGCAGGACAGGCAAUUUGUCCAAACGGAUUCCGCAUCGGUAUGAAGUUGGAAGCCGUCGAUAAAACGAAUUCUACGCUUAUUUGUGUGGCAACAGUAAGAGACAUGAUGGACAAUAGAAUUUUAGUGCAUUUCGAUGGAUGGGAUGACAUUUACGACUAUUGGGCCGACCCUACGUCGCCCUACAUUCACCCUGUUGGCUGGUGUGACCAGUAUGGACAUGACCUGACAGCACCUAGUGACUACCCAAGCCCUGAAGAUUUCACUUGGGAAAAAUAUCUGAAGGAAACUAAAUCGGUUGCAGCUCCAGUGCGUGCUUUUAAACAAAGACCUGCAUGUGGGUUUAAACGUGGAAUGCGACUUGAGUGCGUCGACAAAAGGGUGCCUCAACUUAUACGAGUCGCAACAGUAGAUGACGUUAAAGAACAUCAGAUCAGAAUCCACUUUGACGGAUGGCCGGACAGAUACAGCUAUUGGGUAGAUGACGACAGUCCUGACAUUCACCCCAUAGGUUGGUGCCAAAAAACCGGACAUCCUUUAGAACCACCAUUAACUCCUGAUGACGUGUAUGAUUUUUUGGAAUGCCCUACGGUGGGGUGCAGAGGACAAGGUCACACAAACGGCUUGAAAUACCCCAUUCACACCUCGCAGAAAUUCUGCCCCUAUGCGGAAGGAAACAUUGAUUCCGAAAAAGUAUUACCCGAUAGACUGUUAAGUCCAGACAGGAGUCCUGAGGCAAAAGAACCUAUUUCCAGACAUCUGAAUAGGGAUAAAUGCAAACGUCGCCUCGGAAGGCCACCUAAGUGGUUAAAAGAUCUGCAGCAGCAACGAGGUCAAAGUGACGAUAUACCAGAACAAAAGCCUAAGCGUAAAUAUGUUAAAAGAAUGAAAAAGGAAGAAGAAGAUGAAGAAGAGGAUGAGGAGGAAGACGAUGAAGAGGAACCAAAGAAUAGCGCGGAUAACUCGAAUUCCAAAUCCUCGCUGGAAGAAAUGGCGCGAAAAUUCGUAACCGACUCGAAAAUCUCUCCGGCGGAAAAGGAAUCUUGGAAAAAACACUCAGAGUUUUUGGAGGAUUUCAUCAAUACCGACGAUAAUCCGAUAAGUUGGUCCUGUAAUGAUGUGGUGGAAUUUGUGGCUGCGAUACCCGGUUGUGACCGGUAUACUGCCGGGUUUUACGAACAGCGAAUCGACGGCGAGGCUUUAUUACAUCUAAGCCAAGACGAUAUUAUACGGGUUUUAAACUUUAAGGUCGGACCUGGUAUAAAGCUGUAUAACAGUAUUGUACUGCUUAGAGAUCAGGCCCCCAAAAGGAAAAGAUAUGUAAAUAAGUAGCUUUAAAUUUUUUUUUUGUGGUUCUUUAUUAAUUUACAAUCUCUAAAUUAAUCAUAUUAUGAGGCAAUUUGAUUUCAUGUGAAUGAAAAAAAUAAUAAGAUAUACAGGGUGUUUACAGCACCCUUUUUUUAACUUUUUUAUAUGAUGCAAAAUUGUUAUUUACCUGGGAUACCCUGUACGUCCAACUAAGAAAGAUGCUUGAAAUAUGUGAUUGUUUCAUGAAUUAACGGAGUUUACUUAUAUUAUUUAUUAUGUUUAUCAAACCCUGAUUGUUCUAAUUGUUAUAGUAUGAAGGAUAUUAACUUUUUUCUCUGUCUUUAUUGUCUUAAGAAUUUCAUAUAUUUAAUAAAUCUUUGUUUUUUUGAUAAA